ACCGGACACUUCGCACUCUGGGCACGAAUACACACACUCGCCGGCGUGACCCAUGUGCGCGCAUUUGAACAUGUGGUCGUGGUUGCAAUGUGCGCAGCACGGAUCUCGCUCGCUUUCGCUACCGAGCGGCUCUAGAGUAUCAUGAGAUGCCAUGGUCACGCACUCCAGCUCGAGGCAAUCUCCGCACGCCGUGCAUGCACCGCGCACGACAUACACAUCUCGCAACGGCAGGAACUCGGCGCUUGCUGAGACCCAGCUAUGCGGAUGCGUGCUCGGUGUGGGCUGUGCAGACAUGGCCGGCGCGUGCCAGCCGGGCACUCGGUGAUAGUAGGGGAACGUCACGAGCUCGUGCAGCUGCUCCGAGCUGAACUCAGCGACGUCAUGCAGGUUGAGCUCGUGAAGCAUCCGUUGCGCGUCUUUGAUCGACGGCUCGUCGGGCAGCCUGGCUGUCGAGACGUCUAGCUCGGG